AUGUCAAGUGCUGAGGACUUGGUUGUUCGAUUCCUGUGUUUUGACCAAAUGUACAGUUUUGAGAGAAGACUGAAAACUUUCUCUGAUUGGCCCUUUCGAGAGGAUUGUCAGUGCACUCCGGAGAUGAUGGCCAAAGCUGGCUUUGUGCAUUGCCCCAGUGAGAAUGAGCCUGACGUGGCCUGUUGCUUUUUCUGCCUCAGAGAGCUGGAGGGUUGGGAGCCUGACGACAACCCUUGGAAUGAACAUAUUAAGCGCUCCCCGAACUGUCCCUUCCUGUUAAUGAAGACCGAUUACAAUGACAUGACCGCUACUGACUUUUUCCACCUGGAACAUGAGAGGCUGCGGAUCUUGAUCAGGAAGGUGGGACACAUGAAGAUUGAACACUUCCGUGAAAAUGUGGAAAGCAUCAGCAAGAAUCUGAAGACUCUUUUUAAUCUAGAGUGA